UCCCCUAGUCUUCUUUUGUCAGAGCAGAGCAGUGCAGAAGAUUCAGAAACCUCCGACCCGAUCGAUCGAACGACAAAUAUCGCCAAUUCCAAAACCAACCGAAGCCAUGCCCCAACGACCGAAGCACCCCGCAGCCCCGUCGUCUUCCUCCAGCCAGUCUCCGAUGCCUCCCCCCCUCUCCACCGACCACGAGCUCUCCGUCAUGGUGGCCGCCCUCACAAAUAUCGUUUCCGGCACUGCCUCCUCCUCCUCCACCAGUGCUGCUGCAGGGGCCCUGCCCCCGUCAGAAACUUGUCGCCAGUGCGGGAUCGACGGGUGCCUCGGCUGCAGCUUCUUUGUGCCGAAUAGCGCGAAUGCGAGCCAGCAGGACGCGGAGGGCAGGCGGAACCAGAGCACCAGUAGCAGGAGAUCGAGGACGAAGAAGUUCCACUACAGGGGCGUGAGGCAGCGGCCAUGGGGAAAGUGGGCGGCUGAGAUACGGGACCCGAGGCGUGCGGCCCGGGUGUGGCUCGGCACCUUCGGGACGGCAGAGGAGGCAGCCCGGGCCUAUGACAGAGCUGCCAUUGAGUUCCGUGGCCCACGAGCCAAGCUAAACUUCCCAUUCGUGGACUACACCUCCCCGACGCCCACGGAGGGGGAGAGCCUGCUGUCGGAGAUGGAGAGGCCGGAGAGCUCGGGGACGAACGGGGAGGUGUCAGCAGAGCUGGUGGAACAGGGGAACUUUGGGGAAAGCCAUAAUUUCUGGGAGUUUCUCGGCGACGAUGAGAUGCGAGAGAUGAUGACGCUGAUGGACUUCAGGGAGGAGGACUCGUCAGAUUCUACGAAUUGAGUUAAAUGUUUAUUGCACAAUCUAACUUAAUUUGGACAGAUAUUAUUAGAUCUAUUCUAAUAUCAUUUUUUAACUUAUAGUAUUUCAACGUUGUUAUUUUUGUUUUAUUAACUAUUUUCUGAAGUUAGAUGAUGACAUCAAAUUAAUAACGUUGAGAUAUCUCAUGUAAAAAAUCGACGUCGGAAUAAAUCUAUAAAUAUUUAUCAAUAUUAGAUUAUAUAGUGCAAUAGAGCAACACUGGAUUGCAGUGUAUGAAUUGAUCUA